AUGAGAUUGUGUAAUGUUUGUGAAGAUGAAGCAAGGUAUUAUUUAUCUAUACAUGAUUUCGAUUUUAAAGAAGCACUUCAAGAACAUAAGAGUGAUUUAGAAUGGGAGCGAGAACAUAAUGAGAAAUUGAGCAAAAAGAAGAGAAAGAAGCAAAUUGACAAUUUUUUAGAUGAAAACCCAAGAGUAAUGAACAUUUUAAGAUAUUUAUCAUUUUGCAUUCCAAACAACAUCAAUUCUCGAAAAAAGAACAAGGAUGUAGAAUUAGAUUUGAUUCAGGAUGAUGUGAUAGAAUAUGAUAGUGAUUAUUGA